GUGCUGGUGCCCCCCCGCCACCCGGCGCUGCGGCGGGCACUACCGGCGGGCGCUCCCGGGCUGCGUUGGUGAACGGCGGCGGCAGCAGCAGCUCGUCCCCGGGCAGCACAGCGGGACCCCCUCCCCACAAAGGCGAGCCAAGCCCCUGCCCCACCGCAGCUCACCCCCCCGGGGCCAGCCGGCGCAUCCCAGCGGAAUGGGGAAGCAGAACAGCAAACUGCGCCCGGAGAUGCUGCAGGACCUGCGGGAAAACACCGAGUUCUCCGAGCUGGAGCUGCAGGGUUGGUACAAGGGCUUCCUGAAGGACUGUCCCUCGGGCAUCCUCAACGUGGAGGAGUUCAAGAAGAUCUACGCCAACUUCUUCCCCUACGGCGACGCCUCCAAGUUCGCCGAGCACGUCUUCAGGACCUUCGACACCAACGGCGACGGCACCAUCGACUUCCGAGAGUUCAUCAUCGCCCUCAGCGUCACCUCCCGCGGCAAGCUGGAGCAGAAGCUCAUGUGGGCCUUCAGCAUGUACGACCUGGACGGCAACGGCUACAUCAGCCGGGAGGAGAUGCUGGAGAUCGUGCAGGCCAUCUACAAAAUGGUCUCCUCGGUGAUGACCAUGCCUGAGGAUGAAUCCACUCCCGAGAAAAGGACGGACAAAAUCUUCCGGCAGAUGGAUACCAAUAAUGACGGCAAGCUCUCGCUGGAGGAGUUCAUCAUAGGUGCCAAGAGCGACCCGUCCAUCGUGCGCCUGCUGCAGUGUGACCCCAGCGGUGCCACACAGCUCUGAGCCCUGCGACCCUCCCCCCCCCCCAGCUCCCGACGCAGCCCCCCCCCCCCCACGGCCCCCCACGACCCCCUGAUCACUGCCACUGUUCCUUGCCCGUCCCUUGUGGUGCCCACCGCCGUGCCCCCGUGGCCCCUCUGGGGAGAGAGACGGAGCUUGGCUGAGGUUGGGGGGCAAGGGGAUGGUCCCCGUGGCUGGGGGGGCUCCUGCGCUGGUUCAGACGGGGGAAGGAUGGAGGCAGGGUCUGCCCCGAGCGAGGACAGUCCCCUCAAGCACGGGGGACUGGGAGCGAGGGGACAACCCUGCCAGGUGAGAGAGGCUGGAGGUGAAGCCACCGCUGCCCCUCCAGCGGUGCAGGGACAUGGCCCAGGGGACAAACGCUCGAUGGCUCUGGGGUCUCCCAGCACCCUCCAUGCAUGAACACACUGCCAGAGACGUGGGGCCAGGCCAGCCCCUUCCCCACGGCCGGGGGCCAAGGGAGGGGCCACGCUUCUGGCCUUUUAAUACCUGCAAAAUAAAGUUCGUGUCAGUGCAGCCA